CUCGUUCGUGGGAAGUAGAGAAAACAUCCGAAUCAUGGAGGGGCUCUUGCAUUACAUAAAUCCGGCACAUGCCAUUUCACUUCUGAGCGCACUGAAUGAGGAGCGUCUAAAGGGACAGCUGUGUGAUGUUGUUCUGAUAGUAGGAGACCAGAAAUUUCGAGCUCAUAAAAACGUUCUGGCUGCCAGCAGUGAGUACUUCCAGACUCUGUUCACAAAUAAGGAGAAUGAGUCUCAGUCGGUGUUUCAGCUCGACUUUUGUGAACCAGAUGCUUUUGAUAAUGUGUUGAACUACAUCUAUUCCUCAUCCUUGUUCAUUGAGAAAGGCAGUCUGGCAGCUGUGCAAGAACUGGGCUACAGCCUUGGAAUAUCCUUUCUUACAAACAUUGUUUCUAAGAGCCCUCAAGCUCCUUUUCCAGCUUGCCCCGUUAAGAAGAUACUGUAUCAAGAUGAAGAGGAAAGUAGUUCUCAGAAGAGAAGUGUCAUUGUCUGUCAGAACAGAAUUGAAGCACAAGGGAAGAGUAUAAAUCAAACACAACAUGAUUUAAGCCAUACUUCUAAACCUUUACCCUCUGUUGCUGUCAAAACUAGCAUUAGACCACAAGCAGCAAAACCCACCGAAACCCUUCACAAUUUAUCACUGACUGAAAGGAGAUGGCUGAAAGACAACCCUGUGAGCUACACCAAGCUUCAUGAAACUUCUGGAACUGUAGAGGAUCAGAGCAGAUGUGGCUUGGUGAAAAGAAACACAGUACUGCCUCAAAAGCCCUUAGCAGAGAAAGAAAUUGCAAGCGAUGAACCUGGAAGCAGCGGCCAGCUCUUGAGAGGAAAGGCUGCAGAGGUGUCAUUAAAGAGGCCACGUCCUCCGGUCUUAUCUCUGCGGGGCUCAUCGGAAUCUACGUUUUUGUUGCGAGAGGCAGGAAAAGGAAAUGGUCAAGGUGAAGACAGGAAUUUGCUAUACUACUCCAAGUUAGGGCUGGUAAUCCCGUCUAGUGGAUCUGGUCCUGAAAACCAAAGUAUUGACCGAAGUGGGCCACUUGUAAAAAGCCUCCUUCGAAGGUCACUGUCCAUGGACAGUCAGGUUCCAAUGUAUUCACCUUCUGUUGACCUAAAACCUUCACAGGUAUCAUCCUCCUCCUCACCAGGAACUAACGAUUCCCAGAAGACGUUUAACGUUGCAUCUCAGAAGUCGUGUUUGAAGGAGUCAUCAGAGAAGUUAGUCUUAGACGAAAAGCCACAGGUAAUGCACCCACAUCGCCUUAGGUCUUUCAGUGCCUCUCAGUCAACCGAUAGGGAGGUGGCUUCCCCUCUCACAGAGGUGCGAAUAAAAACUGAACCCAGCAGUCCACUUUCAGAUCCUUCCGAAAUAAUUAGAGUCACGGUGGGCGACGCAUCAGUGUCUACGAAUAAAGACUUUGCUUUCAAAACCGAGGAUGAUCAUAAGGAGCCAAGCAGACUUCCUGCAAAGAGGAGAUUUCAAGCAGAUAGGAGGCUGCCGUUUAAGAAACUGAAGGUGAAUGAGCAAGGUUCCCCUGAGUCAGAAGAAAACUUUGAGGAAGGCUCAAGCCCCACGCACCUUGAUGCUGAUUUUGCUGAUUCCGACGUCAGCAAGGAUGAAUACAGUGAGAUGGAAGAAGCAAGACCAAAUAAAAAAUUUAAAUGCAAGCACUGCCUUAAAAUUUUCAGAUCAACAGCGGGUCUUCACCGUCACGUUAACAUGUAUCAUAAUCCAGAGAAGCCCUAUGCUUGUGACAUAUGCCACAAGAGAUUUCACACCAAUUUCAAAGUGUGGACGCACUGCCAGACACAGCAUGGAAUCGUGAAGAAUCCCUCGCCUGCUUCCAGCUCGCAUGCUGUUUUGGAUGAAAAAUUCCAAAGAAAACUGAUCGAUAUAGUGAGAGAGAGAGAAAUUAAGAAAGCUCUCAUAGUUAAACUGCGACGUGGCAAGCAGGGUUUUCAGGGACAGUCUGCUUCACAAGCACAACAAGUCAUCAAAAGGAAUUUAAGGUCGAGAACGAAAGGAGCCUAUAUCUGUGUCUACUGUGGGAAGGCUUACCGUUUCCUCUCUCAAUUCAAACAGCACAUAAAAAUGCACCCAGGGGAGAAACCAAUUGGAGGAAACAAGGCUCCCAAGCAGAAAGACCACGCUCACGUUGAAAGUCCGGUGGAAAACAAAGAAGUUUAUCAGUGCCGUCUCUGUAACGCUAAGCUGUCUUCGCUUAUUGAGCAGGGGAAUCACGAGCGACUCUGUAGAAACGCUACUGUCUGUCCGUACUGCAGCCUUAGAUUUUCUUCCCCGGAGCUGAAGCAUGAGCACGAAAGCAAGUGUGAAUACAAGAAGCUCACUUGUCUGGAGUGCAUGCGCACCUUUAAGUCGUCCUUCAGUAUCUGGCGUCAUCAGGUGGAAGUCCACAACCAGAACACCAUGUCUCCCACAGAGAACUUUUAUUUGCCUAUCCUGGAUCACAACGGAGAAGUAACGAGCUCGUCGAGGUUGCCUUCCCAGACGGAGUCCAAUAAAGUGAACAAUUUUGCCGCAAAGGAGGAUGGAGUAUUCAGUGACUCGUCAGAACAGAUCAACUUUGACUCUGAAGACUCCUCGUGCCUGCCCGAAGACUUAAGCGUUUCCAAGCAGUUUAAAAUCCAAAUCAAGGAGGAGCCUACAGACGACGUAGAGGAAGAGGCCAGUGAAACGAGCAGAGAACCGAAGGAAGUAGGUUCCAACAAAGACGCCGGCCUGUGGCCCUGUGAGAAGUGCGGGAAGAUUUUCACGGUGCGCAAGCAGCUGGAGCGUCACCAAGAGCUCCUGUGCUCCGUCAAGCCGUUCAUUUGCCACGUGUGCAACAAGGCCUUCCGAACCAAUUUCCGGCUCUGGAGUCACUUCCAGUCCCACAUGUCCCAGGCUACAGAGGAGUCCUCGAACAAGGAGCCCGAGAUAUGCCCGCCAGCUAAUUCCCCGUCACCGCCACCUUUACCUCCACCCCCACCGCUGCCCAAAAUCCAGCCUUUGGAGCCCGAUAGCCCAACAGGCUUGUCCGAAAGCUCCGCUACUACUGAAAAAUUAUUUGUCCCGCAGGAGUCAGACACGCUCUUCUAUCAUGCUCCACCGCUCUCGGCAAUCACGUUCAAAAGACAAUACAUGUGUAAACUCUGUCACAGGACUUUCAAGACAGCUUUUAGUCUUUGGAGCCAUGAACAGACACACAAUUAGCUUUAACAGAUACCUUAAAGAGCUGGCUCAGUGGAGGCUAUUUUCAGGAUCUCGGACGUCUGCCAUAUAAACCAGAAAACGAAGAGGAUCAAAGCAACGGCGACAGGAGAUUGGGAAUUUGUGAUGCUGCUUGGAUUUGAAGAUUAAGGUAAACUAACUUGGUUAGUAGAUAGCAAGCCGAGUAAUUUAAAAUACUGUGGUCUGGGAUCUAAUAGCAACAGAAUAUUUUGAUUUCAUUUAACACUGAAAUGCGAUCGCAUCUGGAUUGUAUGCAUGGAUCUUCAUCCUGUGAUGUUGGUGUGCGCGUGUGUAUUAUAUAUAAAGUUAUAUAUUAAAUGAAAGAGCAACAACCAUGUGGAUUCUAACUGUGAGUUUAUAGUAGUGAAAUACUGUAACCAACUUCACUGAUUUUAUUUUUAUGUUUCAUUUUCUCCUUUUAAAGAAACCAACACACAAGCUCCAUAUAAAUAGCUGCCGUGCACUUGCAGUUAGGGAGGAAGUGGAUGGAGUGUCUUGCUGUAUCGACUUGGGUCUUAGAGAUCUUUAGCAAUAACAAAUAAACCUCAAGUUUCAGUAAUCCUGGUAUUAUUGGAUAUGAAUGUUUGAUACUUUAAGGGAAGAGAGAAUUGUUUGUUGUUAUAUGGAACUUGUACAAAUUAAAAUAGAAUCUAAAGUCAGCAAUAUUAUUACUGAGAUUUUAUAUAAGAAAAAACAGCAGCAAGCCUGCUUUCAGCCAUUUAAUUAUAAGUUUCUAAGAAAAAUUGGGGGAGGGGGUACAUCGCUUUAUAUAAUGUCCCAAAGAAUAAUUUACUAUAGAUAUUUCGGUAGCUGAAGUUGUAUUAACAACCAUUAUAACUCAAAUGGUACUGUUUAUAACAUGAAGUGAGAUUGAAUAGAUGUCAGACAAGUUUCAAAAUUUUGUUUCCACUGUUUGUACAACUGUUUGUAAUUCUAACUACAAAGGAAUGUAUAACUAUUAAAGCAAAACAAGAGAGCUCGUCGAGGGAUAGAAGAAUAGUUGUGUUCCUACACACAGUAAUAAGCUUGGCCAUGAGUACAAAGAUAGGUUUUAUCAAAAACGAAAAAUGUAAAUAUUUAUAUAGACACCUGUAUAAAUGAAGAAGUAUGUAUUUGAGAUUUGUAUUAAGCGUACAUAUCCAGCGCAGAGCAGAGGAGAAGACAUCACACUACAAUCACUGUAUUUUAGGAGUACAAUGCAUAGAGUAUUUCUUUCUGCCGCUUUCUAUCAUUUGUGGUACUGUGUUGCAGUUUUCUAAUUUGUUAAAAAUCAUGGGUGUAAUGGGCUGCAGAUGCUUCGUGUGGUUCCAUUAUUUUACUGCAAAUCACAACUGGAGCAUUUAGCAUAAGCAGGAUCAUAGAAGCUAUAGGACGGGUCCAAAAUUACUCUGCAAGUAAAGGAAAUACUUACCCAGAAGCAGUGGUAAAUUAACAGGGAGAAGAUUUUCCGCUAGAAUUUACACCUAAAGGAGUGGUGCUGGAUUGAAGUGAGCAGCAAGGAUAUAAGAGACUCAGACAGUGCUUAUGGCCCUGACCGACGAGCCCGGGAGGCUGGGAGAUGGGGACCGCACCGCACACUACCUAGCCAGAGCCCAGCCUGUGUCCAUGGAGAGCAGCAGGAGUCUGGUGCCGAUGUCACUGGGAGCAGCAGUGAGGCUUUAAUCCUCUCUGGUUCUAAUCACGCGUUUGUUUCAGCAUCCCAAACUCCAAACGAAUUGCACACUGAUCCCAGGAUCUGAGGAUGUACAUCCUCGGUUAGGCACGCACAGGGAGGGGAUUCUUCUCCCAAGUGUGCCACUGUUAGUUUUUUUCCUAACGGAAUUUUUUAGUGUUUUUUUUUUUCCUGCAAUUUAAGUUUAAAAGUGUUGGCUCAGUAUGGACCACUGACUUUGUUCAGCUACCAAAAAAGGUGAUGCCAUUUUCAAGCCUCUUCUUUCAUUUUUUGAUGAAAAUCUGAAAUUGUUACUAUACAUGCUAGUAGUAACACUUUAUCCUUUUUGUUCGCUUCCAAGCAAACUGCAUCUGAAUGUGGUAAACUGUAAGAAUAUCAAAUUCUUGACAUGAAAUUGCAAUUGAAACAAAAUUCUUACAUACUCAUUAGGUGGAAUAGAAAAUGUCACUAUCAAAUAAGACUAAAUUUCCUUCUCACAAGAAAAAAACAAUAAAUGAAACGCUUAAUACACUUAACCUGAUUUAACAAAAUGAGAAAGACAUGAAGACUUGCUAAAUAGGCUUUAAAUGGGCUUAAGAAAUCUGUGCAUAGAAAAUACCAACAUGUCAACUGGUACCUAAGUUCUCACCGAUGAUUCUUCACAUACACUUCCAAUAGUUUCUAUCCAACCAUUUAAAAAUCAGUGUGCUUUCUAAGGGAUAGUGGCAACUAGUUCAUCAACGCUACCUUCCAACUGGGUUCUGCUGUAUGGUAUGAUGAUAAAUACGGCACAUUUAAAAUCAAAAGCUCAUACAGUGUCUUUCAAGAAACCUUGACCUUCUUCCUAGUACACGAUGUAUUAUAUUUAACAAACAAACAAACAAAAAUAUUUCUGGUCUAAAUAGCCUCCUUCUAAGCUUUUCUGCAGAAUUUUUUAAGUUUUGUUUUUAACUUUGAGAGUGUUCUGUGUUUUUGUUUUUUUUUAAAUUCGGUUCCUGCUUAGUAAAGGAAUUCAGGAUCUCUGAAGUUUAAAUAUGAGAUGUUUAUAUAGUAGUUCUGGUUUUCUAUUAGCUUUUUAUACAGUAUCUUUAAAAGCCCUUGAUAGAAGUGUUUAUUUUGGAGGAUACGGAAUAAAUAUGCUUCCACUUAUAUAACUUUAAUAUAUGUUUUAAAAGUUAAAUUAUGGAGAAAAAAAUGUUAGUUGCUUGUUUAUAAAUAAAGGUCUUCUGAAGAGUGUCUAGCUUGGCCACAGCCAAAAUAAAAGGCAAAUUUAUUGACACAAAAACCUGUCCUCAUCAUAUUUUGUUUAAUUUUGUAACUGUGUACUGAGGUGAUGCAAAGUUAGAGCUCUUGUUAAAUACAAAAACUGUUGUUUUUUUUUUUUUCUUAAAAUUUGUGACAGGAAUGUGCAGAUGUUUUAAUAUAUAGAUUAGAAUCUUUAAUUCUUUCUUUUGGGGUUAUUUUUAUAAUCUGUCCAAUAAAUCUCAGAGAACUAAACUGCUUUAGUGGAAGUCCAGCGAAAACUUCCAUUGCAUUUACGAGGAGCAGGGUUGAGCCAUGAAAUGUAUUUUGUUUGGGGACUUCUCUUCCUUUCGGGCACUGUGUUGGCAAAGGUUUAAGCAUAUGCUUAAGUUCCAUGGAGAUCAGUCUUAACUUUUUUUUUUUAAAUACAUGCUUAAGGUUUUUCAUAUUUUGGGACCAUGAUCACCCACUGAAAGUGAGAAAUGGCAGAAAAAGACACAUGGAUACAGUAUUUAAGUUCUAGAACCAAAAGUUAAAAUGAAUUUUCCCCUACAUAAAAACUGCACGCACAGCUAAAGUUUCCGCAGUUUUACAGAAACAAAGGACAUCAACCAAUAAUCAUUUAGGUGGACUUCUGUAAGGCCUUUGGUGUGAUCCCCCACGACAUUCUUGCCGCCUCGUUGAAGGGAUGUGGGUUUGAUGGAUGAACUGUUGGACGGAGAGAGAAUUGGCUGGAGGGCCACAUCCAAAGAGUUUUAGUCAACAGCUCAGUGUCUGAGUGUAAAGACAAGGGGUGUCCCUCUGGGGUCUGUGCUGGGACCAAUGCUACUGAAUAUCUUCAUCAGGGACAGUGGGAUUAAGUCUGUGGGUGACACAAAGCUACCCAGCUUGUGCAUCGGUAGACCAGAGGGAAGGGAUGCCAUCCGGAGGGACCUUGGCAGGCUUGAGGUGUGCGCCCCCUCAUGAAGUUCAGCAAGGCCAAGAGCGAGGACUGGGUGAGGAAUGGACUGAGAGCAGCCCUGCAGAGGACUUGGGGAUACUGGUGUAUGAAAAACGGGAUGUGAGCCAGCAAUGUGUGCCUGCAGCCCAGAAAACCAGCCCUAUCCUGGGCUGCAUCAAAAGCAGCGUGGCCAGCAGGGUGAGGGAGGGGAUUCUGCCCCUCUGCUCUGCUCUCCUGAGACCCCACUUGAAGAGCUGCAUUCAGCUCUGGGCCCCCAGCACAAGAAGGAUGUAGAAUUAUUAGAAAGAGUCCAGAGGAGGGCCGCAAAGGUGCUCAGAGGGAUGAAGCUCCUCUCCUGUGAAGACAGGCUGAGGGAGCUGGGGUUGUUCAGCCUGGAGAAGGCUCAGGGGAGACCUUACAGUGGCCUUCCAGUACCUAAAGGGGCCUGCAGGAAGGCUGGGGAUGGACUCUGUCAGGGAGUGCAGUGACAUGAAAAGAGGGAAAGGUUUUAAACUAAAAGAGGGUAGGUUUAGAUUAGAUAUCAGGACAAAAUUCUUACUCAAAGGGCGGUGAGGCGCUGGCACAGGCUGCCCAGAGAAGCUGUGGGUGCCCCAUCCCUGGAGGGGCUCAAGGCCAGGCUGGAUGGGGCUUUGGGCAGCCUGGGCUGGGGGAAGGUGUCCCUGCCCAUGGCAGUGGGGUGGAUCCAGGUGGUCUUUAAGGUCCCUUCCAACACAAACUGUUCCAUGAUAAUACUGUCUAUACUUCAUGUAUAUAUAUAUAUAUUUUUUUUUCUAUAAGGGGGAAUGAAACACCCGGACAGUUAACUGAGCAGAUAACCUGCUGAAGCAGUGGGUGACACUAGAGUUUGUCUUACGUCCUUCAGAAUGGAGAUGUAGCCUUAUCUGUGAACCAAAACACACAGCCAUGACUUGUUCCUGCAUUUCCUAUUUAGGCAAGCAUUCUAGUGGCAUCCAGUAGAUUUUAUUUUUUUUUUUUGGUGGUGGUGGUUGGUUUUUUUGUUUGUUUGUUUUUAUCCCCCAAGUAGGAUGUGCGGGUUUGGUCUGAAGCUACACGUACUCUGUUUUUGUUCCAAGCUUCCAGUGGUAAAACUAGAAGUUCCUCAUAUGGGACAAGGACAGACUAUGCCUAACUUCUUGGCACUAACAGUGAGGGUGCAAAUAUCUGGCAUGAGCCUGUAAUCUGGCAUGUGCCUAUACUGUUCAAUAAAAUUGUUUACAUUUUCCUACCAGAAGAUUUAGAUAAAAAUCAAAGUAAGGUUAGCUUUUUUUAAUGUUGCUGUUAAUGAAUCAGUGUUAAUUUUUUUUUUUUUUGGUUGAACACAGCCUGAUAGUAUUUUUUAAUGUCAUUGAUUCUUGUUUAUUUAAAAUGACUUGUGAAAAAUUGUACUAUAAGUGUUGUACAUAAGGGGACACUAUCAAGAGAAAGGUUGUAUACUGUAAAAGUGCUUAUCUGUAUUAACAAUACUUGAUAUGAAUAAAAUCAAUUUCAAAACAUGAAUUGACUCACAACACUUGAGCUGCUUAGGCAUGAGAAUGCCUACUAAAGGCAUCCGCAGUUGUUUCAAGGAUGCCUGUAAAUUGUAUCUGAAUUCUGUGGGCUGAGCUUAUCUUUCAUUUUGCUUUUUCUCUAACUGUUGCAGAAUAAAGGACCUGAUCUGUUUUUUCCUUUUUUGAUUUUUCAGUGAUACACCAUACCUUCCAAAGAUACAAGCUUCCCACUACUGCAGCCGCAUGUUCAAUUAAAACAUGUAUGUAAAGACAGAAAGAAAAAAAAAAUCUUUUUGCAAAAUAACUUCACAAAAGAUGUAUAAAGUAUUCAUUUUAAAGCUUCUUCUUGACAGUGUCCCUUUUAAAAAAAAAACAGGAAAAUGGAAUCACUUGUAGUAUUUGGGUGCAGGGGAACAGUUUCCUACAGUUUCUACAAGCUGGAAUUAUCCAAUAUAUUUGCUAUAGAAUUUUCCAAUUCGUUACGUAAAAUCACUUGUCAUUUUAAAGCAUUAUAGAGGUAAGACAAAAGAAGCCGGUUUUAUAAUCCUGUAUACCUUACAGUCAUUGUAUAUCAAUUCAAUACACCAGUGCUGAAUUUUAAUUAAGAAUGGGUUUUUACUUUUUUUAGGACUGAGACUUACUAGCUUAGGGUAACUUUUUUUCUUUAAUGUAAUGUAAAUCCAUUGCUGCUUUGUACAACUUUUUCUACUGUGUGUUUUCUUUACUUAGAUCUUGACUAAGAAAUGUUGGCGUCCAAUAAACUUACACUUUGUUUCUUUUGAA